CAGGUGAUCGGUGGCAGGCGACAACUCUGUUGAAUGUGGGUUUGUGAUUUUUUUUGGACAGACAACAAACGAAACUGCAAGUUAUAAAUACUUUUUACUGUUAAUCUUCUUGUCAAAAUUACUUCACUUUGGAAACCAAAGAUGUCAAACUUUGCUACUCUACUAGCUGUUUUCUUCUUAAUUGGCGUAAUUUCGGCUAAAUCAUGCAAUUUACCACCGAGUGAAUGGUGUUCAACAACGGAGAUUUCUGUAGCUUGUCAGGUAGAGAAACAGUGCAGAUUGUGGUCCGGUAUGGGAUCAAAGGCAACAGCACCAGUGAACAUCGCCCUCUACUAUGAAUCUCUGUGUCCAGGUUGUAAGGAGUUUAUUACGACUCAGCUGCAACCAACUUGGAUGAAGUUGGGCGAUAGUGGAAUACUUAACGUCACCCUUGUUCCUUAUGGCAAUGCACAUGAACAACAAGAAGGAACUGGAUGGAUAUUUGAAUGCCAACAUGGCGAGUGGGAAUGUGCUGGGAACAUCAUGGAAACUUGCAUCUUAUCGCUGUUUAAAUUCAAAACUGCUGCCCCCAUUAUCUUUUGUAUGGAAGCAGCUGUAGACCCAUAUAGGACUGCCUAUCAGUGCCUCCAGCAACAGGGCGUUGACCCUAAACCUGCCUUACAGUGUGCUAAUAGCAGCAUGGGGAAUGCACUUGAACACAAGAUGGCAUUAUUGACCGAGUCAUUGAAUCCGCCUCAUCAGUACACACCUUGGAUUACCCUUAAUGGAAUGCACACAGAAGCCAUUCAGCAAAAAGCCACAACAGACCUUGCAAAACUUGUGUGUGAUACCUUCACUGGACAAAAGCCAGAUGCUUGCAGUGAUCUCUAUAAUAUGGAACGCUGCUACAGAAACUCAAAAUCCACAUUUACAUAAAAGUUUACAUCGAAAGCAGUCAGGAGAAAACAUAUCAGGUCGCUUAUAAUAAUUUUGUAUGCACAACAAUGACAACAUCCAAUAUAGAGAACAAAUUACAAAUUUAUAAGGUAUAAAAUUUCUACGUAGCAAGAUUUAUUUUCGAAAUACCAUUAAAAAUAUACUAUUGUCAUUAAAGUUGUACAAUUUCUCUUAAAAUAUUUUAAAUUAUAUUGUUUAAAAAUGAUAUAAAAUAGAAAUCUAUUGAUUUACAUAAUGUUUCCAUGAUGUUAUAAUAUUUUGAUGUUUACUGAAUCAGUACUAGUCUCUUAAUUAUCAAGCCUAUUCUUUAACCUAUGCAAUUAGCUAAUAAACACUUCGACUCAAUUUUUUGUGCAAUUAUAUUUUUAAAUCUUUAAAAUCAAAAAUUGGUCAAUCAUUGUGAAUCAGUUGUAUACAUUCCUUCACAUUACCUCAAUAUAAUUUUAGUAGUACUUCUUGAAAUACUUUUUUGUUGUACAUUUAUUGUAGCAUUUGUUUUGUGUUUAUUAUGAAGUGCAAUGAAACUCCAGUAUUUUGCAAUAUAUAUCAUUAUACCAUUACCUCAAUAUGAAUGUAUCUUAGUGGUUAAUAAUUAAUUAACUCAUUUGCAAUUGACUAAAUAUUUGAAGUAUAACAAAUAUGACCUCUAAUGUGAAAUGCAGGGAAGCUUUUAAGCAUUUGCAAUAUACAUUAUUUUCCAUCAUAACAUACCUCAUGUAGCUUGCUGGAUAAUUAAUAUACUUAUUUGAAAUUGACUAAAUAAAUGAAGUAUGAAGAAAUA